AUGUCGGAGAAUCUAGAAGUCGCCGCACUCCUCGACUACGCGGAGGCCAAAGCCAACGAGCAGUUUGCGGAGUACACCAGAUUGAAGUCCAAUAGCGACAAGGAUGACGACAACGACAUCGCCAUGGGCGACUACAGCGCUCGUGACGACCCAGAGCCACGCCUGGUCCGCAACCUCGACCCGGCACGUGACCCACGACGCCUCGAUCGGCCAGACUUCGUAGUCUCCGGCGACCCGAAGAGCAACAGGUAUACAGAAGAGCGAGACGAGAACGAUGAGCGUCGCACCCGCCGGUCUCACGACCAGGGGGACGAUGAUACCGCGAAUGGCGCCAGUGACAAGGACAGUGCUAAUGGAACCGGCAGAGACAACAAGCGUCGCUCAACUAGGAGCCGCUCACCAACCCGCCCUGGUAGCCGUGGCAGCAAUGGCAGCGGCAGCUACCGUGACCGCGGAGGUAGACGUCGCUCUGCACCCUACGAGGAUGAUCGCCACUACCGUCCAGAUGGUCGACGCUACCCCAGCCGUGAGCGCUACGGUGGCAGACGUGGUGAUCCUCUUGGGUACGAAGAUGAUCGUGAGCGCAAUGGUGGACGCGGCGGACGCCGCGACGGCCGCGAUCCUCCUCGUCGUAGUCCGCCCGGCGGUGGCAGGAAGCGUAAGACGCCUGAGCCGACUGAUGAUGAGCGCGAUAGGCGUACCGUAUUCGUACAGCAGCUGGCCGCACGUCUCCGCACCAAGAACCUCAAGGAGUUCUUCGAGAAGGGAGCCGGUGCCGUGGUGGAAGCCCAGAUUGUGAAGGAUCGCGUCAGUGGACGUUCCAAGGGAGUGGGAUACGUCGAGUUCAGGACCGAAGAGUCAGUUCAGAAAGCUAUUGGACUUACCGGACAGAAGCUAGUCGGCAUUCCUAUCAUUGUGCAGCUCACGGAAGCAGAGAAGAAUAGGAUCGCCAAGACCAGCGAGGGCGGCGCAACCCAGUCCAACGGCGUUCCAUUCCACCGCCUCUACGUCGGCAACAUCCACUUCUCCAUCACCGAGGAUGACCUCAAGAACGUCUUCGAGCCAUUCGGAGAGCUGGAGUUCGUCCAGUUGCAGAAGGAGGAGCAGGGCCGCUCGAAGGGCUACGGCUUCGUUCAGUUCGUCGACCCGACGCAGGCAAAGGAGGCACUCGAGAAGAUGAACGGCUUCGAGCUUGCUGGUCGUCCCAUCCGUGUCGGACUCGGCAACGACAAGUUCACGCCCGAGUCAACUCAGAACCUCCUUCAGCGGUUUGGCAACCAGAACCAGGGAUCGUCAUUCUCCGGCAUGGGUGGCCGCGGCGCUCACGCUGGUGGUACAGGCAACUUCGACCGCCCGACUGGCCGCGACGUCGACAAGACCGGCGGUGCCAGCGCCCUUGAUGACACCGAUGUCGGCGGUGUCAACUUCAACAACUACAGCCGCGAUGCUCUCAUGCGCAAGCUUGCUCGCAUUGACGAGCCAGAGGAGAAGAAGACGGCCAAGACCACCAAGCAGAACAAGCCUGUCAUCCCGGAGCAGGCCCCGACUCGUUGCAUCAUCAUCAAGAACGCCUACAACAAGAAUGAUGAGGAGAACGAGACAGACUGGAAGGAGUCCCUCAAGAGCGAGGUCAAGGCGGAGUGCAACCGCAAGUACGGCAAAGUCGUCCACCUCGAUCUCACCCUCGAUAACGACGAUGGCGAGAUCUACAUCAAAUUCGAGGAGGUCGCCGGUGCCAAGGCUGCCGUCCUUGGCCUCAACGGUCGCUGGUUCGAUGGUCGCCAGAUCACGGCCCAGUAUGUUGUCGACGCGGUCUACAACAUGAACUUCCCCAAGGCCCAGAAGGUCUAA